GCGGACGUCGUCUCCCUCUCACCAGCAACCGCUGGCCCUCCCUUCACGGCCACGGGCACCUGCUACCAUACGACACAAGCACCCAGGUCACCUGGACGGCAAACCACAGCUAGCAGCUGUCACCAGUGCUUCGAUCGAUACUAGCCAACUCGCGUGAUCUUGCGCACAAGCGCCCCUGCCCUUGGCCCUUCCCGCACUCAUCUGCCGUCCACCUCUCUCCACAUCGCGCCCUCGGCACAUCUUCAUCCUAUUCUCAGCUCCUUUACAUCGUACCGCACCUUGCUCUACACCCCUCCCACCAUGCCCUCCUGCUUCGGCGCGCUCCCCAAUCCCCUCCGCGGCCUCAAGUACGCGAUCCGGCCGACGCAGAAGCUCUUGCAGCAUGAGAAGUACGGCGGAGACGGUGGAGAUGGAAGGAAAGGAAAUACUAGUGGACACUCAACGGAGGAUGAUCACUCGCCGCCGGUCCCCACUACGUCGGCGGAUGCAAGGCGCGCCACGGACGCAAGUCGUCCCACGGAUGCGAAUGCAAGUCAUCCCACGAAUGCGGAUGCAAGUCACCCCACGUACAACGGCGCAAGUCACCGGACCGUCGCUGGCAAGCCCGUCGAGGUGAUCACUGUGCCGGAGAACAUGCCCGACGUCGACCCCGAGGCAGAGGCGAAGGAGGUCGCGGAUGCGCUCACGCGGCUUGUCGACCUGUCCGCGGCUUUCAAUCGACCAGGAGCUGUAGAUUCGGCUCUACCCUCCGCUUCAGCAGACUCGGACGCCCUUUCAGCUUCAACCUCAGCGGACGCCUCAACCUCAACUCUCCCCACACCCACCCUCGCCACCGAUGACCACUCCGCCGUCCCCAUCCUCGCCGUCGACACCAUCUUCGCCACCACCGCGGACCUCGAGACGAUCCAGGCCCUGCGCAUACCGUGGUUGGAGCGCCUCGCGGCGAGAUAUCAUGUCGGGAACUAUGUGAUCGUGCGCGAGUCGGGCGAAAGGGUGUUUGAGUAUAUGCCGUUGUAUGCUAGGAUCGGCAUGCACCUGCUCUUCUACGGCGCGCUCCAGAAGAAGAUGCUCCAGAUGGACUGGCUACAGAAUCUGCUUAAGGAGCAGUCCAUCAAGCAAGGCCAGACCUACGACUCCCCCGCCUCCACGCACGCCAUCCCGGGCUUCAUUCAGACGUACAAGAUCGACACGGGGGAGCUGCUAGAGCAGGAUCUGAGCAAGUACGGUUGCUUUAAUGAGUUCUUCUACAGGCGACUCCGCCCCGACGCGCGCCCCGUGCAGAACGCGGCAGAUGAGCGCGGCCUGUGCAGCGUGGCCGACUCGCGGCUAGCGGUGUACGACGACGUGGAUCUGGCGACUGAGUUUUGGAUCAAAGGCCGCAACUUCACGAUUCCCCAGCUCCUCAACGUCCCUGCCUCCAGCGCCGCGGCCCGCGCCUACGACGGCGGGUCGGUGGCCAUCUUUCGCCUGGCGCCGUCGGACUACCAUCGGUUCCAUAGCCCGAUCGAUGGGGAGGUGCGGCGGAUUGAGGAUGUGGAGGGGGAGUAUUUUACGGUAAACCCCCAAGCGAUCAAUCAGCCCGGGCUCGACAUCCUCACAGCGAACGUCCGGUCAGUUUUGCAUAUGCGGGAAGCGCACUCGGGCGCGGCGGUCGCGCUGGUCGCCGUCGGUGCGCUGCUUGUAGGUAGCAUUAGAUGGACCGUGGGUGGGGACGGGGGUGAGGAGGAGGGUCAUGAUGGGGAUACCUACAGCGGCAAGCAAGUUCAUCGUGGGGACGAGCUGGGCUACUUCGCGUACGGCGGGAGCACCGUGAUUGCGCUCUUCCCGCGCGGUGCGGUCGCGUACGAUCAGGACCUGCUGGAUAACUCGCGCGUGCCGAUGGAGACGCUGGUUAAGGUCGGGUGGUCAAUUGGGCGGAUACCGAAUGAAUGGACGCCGGAGCCGGAGCAGCUGGGGUGAAGAUGUCCAUCGUAGGAUGCUUAGACGUCCAUCGCUUCAACACUAUAUCACGACUAUGACGACUGAUAACUAAUGGAUUGAACUCGCAUACUAACAACUUUCGAGUAGAUAUUGGAUAAGGGAACUGCUUUAUGCAGAUGCCAA